AUGCCUCGGCACGAAUCAUCAUCGUCGAGUGCUGUCCAUAGUGGGAAUGGCGGCAAUGGUGGUCAGACGACAAAAACGGUAGUGAGAGCUCCCGUAAGAGAAAGGGGUGUCUCUCUACAAUAUCCACUCCUAACAAAGACAAAUUAUGCGGCUUGGGCAAUCAAGAUGCAAGUCUAUAUGCAAGCUCAAGGUGUUUGGAAUGUCGUUGAGUCUGAAGAUCCAGUUGAUCCUUGUUCAGACCGGAUUGCAUUGGCAGCAAUCUUUCAAGGGAUCACCGAAGACACCCUGUUACAGUUGGGAGUAAAGAAAUCAGCUAAAGAGGUAUGGGAUGCUCUCAAGGUUAUGAACCUCGGUGCAGAGAGGGUCAAAGAAGUACGAGCACAAGCUCUUAGAUGGGAGCUCAAAAGCAUGAGAAUGGAAAAUGUGUCCCCUAAGUAUCUUCAGAUUGCCUCAACCAUAGAAGAAUUCGGGAAUCUGUCUGUAAAGACGAUUGAAGAAGUAACCGGUUCUUUCAAAGCUCACGAGGAGAGGUUGCGGAGCUACGACUCUAGAAUAGACGAACAUGUGCUACUUACUAAAGGAGAGUGGAAAGCACGAGCUGAGUCCUCAAAAACCAAUGAGAAGCAUCCGCAGGACACGACUAGAGGUCGAGGACACAGAAGUGGACAUGGUAGAGGACGCGACAGAGGCAGAGGAGGAGGUCGCGGUAGGGGUCGUGGCCCUCCUGGAACAGGCCGAGGUCAGGAUGAUGAAGAACAACUCCAUCAGAAGUUCAACAUUAAAAAGGUCAGGUGUUACAAUUGCAACGAAUAUGGCCAUUUUCAAUCUGAUUGUAAAGCUGAAAGGAAGAAACAGAAUGAGGCACAUUUAGUGGAAUAA